AUGCAAUCAGUGAUAAGUAUGCAUCAGUCGACACAUAUAUCAUUGUAUGAUGAUGAAGACGAUCUGGAAUUACACGAUGUUACAAAAGAACUUGAGAAUUUAAAGGCUGUAUUUUCGCGUUAUGAUAAUCAUGCUGUAAAACUUCAAAAUGAACUAGAAUUAGUACGUGAAGACCUUUAUGGAUUAAUUCAUGCCAGAGGGACUAAACCAGACAAUGAAGACAAUGUAAAACCUAAUGAAAUUAAAUUAACUCAGGAGGACUUUGAAACAAUAAAAUUAAUCAAUGAGAAACAAGCGAAGAAAAUGUUAUCCCUUAAAAAGAAAGCACACGCUUACAAGUCAAAUUUCAAUGUGUUAUUACAAGAAUUAGACAAACAAAAAGUUGAGUAA